AUGCGUUUCAGCCUCGCUUCUCUUUCCUUCGCCCUCCUCACGGCCCUUGAUCCUCUAGUGGCGGCCGCUCCCCUGAGCACAUCUGCCAAUGUAGACCUGUUCACCCGCGGCCAGAUCCCCGCCGACAUUGGCACCACGGCCUGCAGAUACUACUCCGACUUCCCCUUCGUCUGGACCUACGAGGCCCGUAUCCGCGAGCCCGAUCUGACCGUCGCCGGCCUCUGCCCCAAGCUGGAAGAGAAGGGAAAGGCGGUCAACCUGAACUGCGGUCUUCUGAUUGUCAAGGAGUGCAAGCACGACAUCAAUGAUCCGCAAGUCAAGAAGUGGAAAUUCGAGGUCCGCGCGCAAUGUACCGGAGCUAUGGUGGCCAAGGCCAUUAAGGCUGCCACGGGUCAGAAGUCUGUGAGUUGUGGCAUCGUCUAUAACAAGGAUAAGUGGCCUUGA